CACGCAGCGCUACUUAUGGCUUUUCAUAUGUGCCCUCAAACUAGUAUUGUGACUCCAAAUAAACAAAAGAGAAACAGUCUUCACAGACUCUCUCUCUCCCUCUCCCGGCACUCUCCGAUACACCCCUUCUCUUCCAUCGCAGGGAUGGCCAAGACGCAUGCCGCCGCCGCCGCCGUUCUAGCGGCCGUCCUCCUGGCGACGGUAUGCAGCGCUUCGGCGCAGAUGCCGGCGGCGGCUCCCGGGCCGGCGGUGGACGAAUGCCUCAACAACCUGCUGAACGUGUCGGACUGCCUGACUUACGUGGAGGCAGGGAGCAAUCUGACGGCGCCGGAGAAACCGUGCUGCGGGGAGCUCGCCAGCCUGGUGGACAACCACCCCAUCUGCCUGUGCGACCUGCUCAGCAAGGGCAGCAGCUACGGCUUCAAUAUCGACGUCAACCGGGCUCUCAAGCUCCCCUCCGUCUGCAAUGUGGUCACCCCGCCGCUCAGCACGUGCGCAGCAGUGGGAAUUCCGGUCGGGGCUCCAAUGGCGAGCGAAGGGCCUUCGGGUAUGACACCAGGUUCUCUUCCGCCUUCUGCCAUCGCCGCUUCUCCGACGCCCGGGAACACAGGCGGCCGGGCUUCAUGGAGCACCCUGCUUUUAGUCACCAGUGUAGGCGCCGCGAUCCUCCCUGUGUUCUUCUGAUUCUAGCCGGAGGAAUUUUCUUUACAGAUUCUUGCUCGCGAUUUCAUGAUUGUAUCGGACACUUAGCCAUGUAUUAACGUUCGGAUUCGUGGUGACUUGCAAAUAAUAAUUUCCGUCGUGUGAUUUCAUUGAA